CGUGUCUCAAAGGGAACAGUGCUUGUAAAGUCAUUGCACACCGCACCAAGCUGUGCAUAAUAAGUCAAGGGGUCCAAACUUUCAUUCUUUGCUUUUUAAACGCGUUGUCAACAUGUCCAAACCUCUAACCGACCAUGAAAAGCGCAAGCAGAUCAGUGUUCGUGGUAUAGCCGGACUGGGGGAUGUUGCCGAAAUUAAAAAGAGCUUCAAUAGGCAUCUUCACUUCACCCUAGUGAAGGACCGCAAUGUGGCCACCCCGCGGGAUUAUUACUUCGCGCUGGCGCACACGGUGCGGGAUCACCUGGUGGGCCGCUGGAUCCGCACUCAGCAGUAUUACUAUGAGAAAGACCCGAAGCGCAUCCACUAUCUGUCUCUGGAGUUCUACAUGGGCAGAACUCUACAGAACACCAUGAUAAACCUUGGGCUGCAGAAUGCUUGUGAUGAGGCCAUCUACCAGCUUGGACUAGAUUUGGAAGAGCUGGAGGAUAUUGAGGAGGAUGCAGGACUGGGAAACGGAGGUCUUGGGCGACUUGCAGCUUGUUUCCUGGACUCCAUGGCAUCUCUGGGUUUGGCGGCAUAUGGUUAUGGCAUUCGUUAUGAGUUUGGCAUCUUCAAUCAGAAGAUCACCAAUGGCUGGCAGGUCGAGGAAGCUGACGAUUGGCUGCGUUACGGUAACCCUUGGGAGAAGGCCCGUCCAGAGUACAUGCUGCCCGUGCAUUUCUAUGGCCGAGUGGAGCAUACAAAUGAGGGACCAAAGUGGGUUGAUACCCAGGCAUGGGAGAUCACCACAAAGACGUGCGCAUACACAAACCACACAGUGUUACCUGAGGCUCUGGAGCGCUGGCCUAUCUACAUGUUUGAGAAACUUCUGCCACGACACCUGCAGAUCAUCUACGAGAUCAACCAGCGACAUCUGGAUAGAGUUGCUGCGCUGUAUCCAGGCGACAAUGAUCGUUUGCGCAGGAUGUCUCUGAUCGAGGAGGGCAAUCCAAAGAGGAUCAACAUGGCUCACCUUUGUGUGGUUGGGUCACACGCCGUUAAUGGAGUUGCACGGAUUCACUCAGACAUUGUCAAAACCACUGUGUUUAAGGACUUCUGUGACAUUGAGCCAGAGAAGUUCCAGAACAAGACAAAUGGUAUCACACCUCGUCGCUGGCUGGUGCUGUGCAACCCCGGCCUGGCUGACAUCAUCGCUGAGAAAAUUGGUGAGGAAUUCCUGACAGAUCUUUUCCAGCUAAGAAAACUGUUGGACUUUGUCGAUGAUGAAAUGUUCAUUCGGGAUGUGGCCAAAGUGAAACAGGAGAAUAAGCUGAAGUUUGCAGCGUAUCUGGAGAGUGAGUACAAAGUAAAGAUAAAUCCUGAGUCCAUCUUUGACAUCCAGGUCAAAAGAAUCCAUGAGUACAAGAGACAACUGCUCAACUGCCUUCAUGUCAUCACUUUAUACAACAGGAUUAAGAAGGAACCAAACAAGAAGUUUGUUCCCAGGACAGUGAUGAUUGGAGGAAAGGCAGCACCAGGCUAUCACAUGGCAAAGAUGAUCAUUAAACUGUUCACCUCAGUGGGGGAGGUGGUGAAUCAUGAUCCUGUGGUGGGAGACAGACUCAAGGUCAUUUUCCUGGAGAACUAUAGAGUCUCUUUAGCUGAGAAGGUGAUCCCUGCUGCCGAUCUGUCCGAACAAAUCUCCACGGCAGGUACAGAAGCCUCUGGUACAGGGAACAUGAAGUUCAUGCUUAACGGCGCUCUGACCAUCGGCACCAUGGAUGGCGCUAAUGUGGAGAUGGCAGAAGAAGCUGGAGAAGAAAACCUGUUCAUCUUUGGCAUGAGGGUGGAGGAUGUGGAGGCCAUGGACAAAAAGGGAGUCUCUUUAGCUGAGAAGGUGAUCCCUGCUGCCGAUCUGUCCGAACAAAUCUCCACGGCAGGUACAGAAGCCUCUGGUACAGGAAACAUGAAGUUCAUGCUUAAUGGUGCUCUGACCAUCGGCACCAUGGAUGGUGCUAAUGUUGAGAUGGCAGAAGAAGCUGGAGAGGAACACCUGUUCAUCUUUGGCAUGAGGGUCGAGGAUGUGGAGGCCAUGGACAAAGCGGGGUUCAAGGUUUUUGCAGACUAUGAAGCAUAUAUCAGCUGUCAAGAAAAAGUUAAUGAACUCUACAGGAAUCCAAAAGAAUGGACCAAAAAGGUCAUCAGAAACAUUGCUGCUUCUGGAAAGUUCUCCAGCGACCGCACCAUCGCAGAGUACGCACGUGAGAUUUGGGGCGUAGAACCGUCUGACGUCAAGAUCCCGCCACCUAAUGAACCACGUGAAUGAGGGAGUGGGCAACACGAUGGUUUGACGGUGUCCACCGACUCUGCUUGCCUGUUCCUGAACCUUUCCCAGUGUGCUAGUGUGCCUUGACUGGCUUUACCUGAUUCAGAUUCAGGUUCUCUCUCUAUGCAUAACACCAUAUGGAGCCUCCUUGAACUUCAUUACUGUAGUGUACCCACAACAUACACACAAAAAAACUAACUCUUCCAUGUGCACUUACAUUGUAGUAUGCUUUAAAUCCCUGUUACUUUCACAUGCACAUACUCAAUUAUCAAUUACCAUGGUUUCAUUAUGCAAAUUCAGUUUGUUGAUCAUCCGAGACACAUUUAUUGCAACUUCCUUUAGUCAGAACUUCAGUUUACAGAGGUAUUUAUGCAUCAGUUGGUGUAAAUUCUCAAUUUUUGUGCAUUCCUUGUUUUACUUUUGAGAGUGGCUGUUGUGACUGAUUAUAACAGAGAUCACGCUUUAAAGAAACACUUCACUAUUUUUGAAAAUAGGCUCAUUUUCCAACUCCCCUAGAGUUAAACA